UUCAAUCAGUUUCACUUCAUUGCGGGGAGGUUUCCAAAACUUCAGUAGAAAGGAAUAACUUACGUCAUGGUUUAAAUUCAAAUUCUAAAUCUAAAUUGAAUUUUUAUUUCAUUCAAAGAAGGUAUAAAAAUCAACAUAAAAUCCGCUAAAAUUAGUAGCAGCAAUUUAUAUUUGCUUCUGAUUUGUGCAUAAAUGUUUCACGCUGGUUGAAAAGUGUGUUUGGUGGUUUGUCUUGCUGCACUACUACUGGUUUUGUGCAGUAUCAGUGCACAGUUUGCAGGGCAAAAUACACAUGGUGAAAGCAGAUUUCUUAAAGAAAGUAUCCAAAUAGAUAUUUUACAUUGACUAUGGCUGUAAGUGUGUCUAAAGUGCUUCUUUUUGGCAGUUCUUCAACACAGUUUGGCUACAGUGAGGACGGCUGCUGGGUGUCUGUAAUAGCUGAUAAGCUUCAAAGGAAAUGUGAUGUCAUCAACAGGGGAUACUCAGGGUACAACACAAGAUGGGCCCGCCUCAUGUUACCAAAACUGGUUACCAAGGAAACAGCCAAUGACAUCGCUGCCAUGGUGAUAUUCUUUGGCGCCAAUGACUCUGUGCUGAAAGAUUUGAAUCCUCAUCAACAUGUCCCGCUGGAGGAGUACCAAGAUAAUUUGUCUUCAAUGAUUACUUAUCUCAAGAGCUGUGGCUUGGGGAGUAAUAGAAUUAUCCUAAUAGGACCUCCCCCUUGUGAUGAACAACACUGGAAAGAGAGAAUGGAUGCUGAGGGUCGACCGCAGUCUAAAUCCCAAGAGCAGACAGCCCUGUAUGCCAAAGCUUGUGAGUCAGUUCACAAAUCUCAUGGUACAGGAUUUGUGGACCUAUAUACUGAUAUGCUGAAGGCAGGCGCAGAAGGAGACAGUUGGAAGUCAUUUCUAAAUGAUGGUUUGCACUUCUCGGCGGCUGGCUCAAAGUUUUUGGCAGAGCGGUUAUGGCAGCAACUGGAAGGCAUAGUCUCUGACAUUGGGAUGAUUUUUCCAGAUUGGAAAACAGUAGAUUAUGUUAAUCCAGAAGCAGUGUUUUCUGCUAUAAAUUAAUAUAGACUCUAUAUAAAUUAUCACCUGUUACCUCAAGAUGUGAUUUAUAUGGAACAAGCAUUAUGGAGCAAUUUUUUAAAAUAUUAUUAUAUUAAGAUCUAAUGUGAGCAUCACUUUAACUUGAAUUAAUGCAUUAAUCAAACAAAUUUUCCUGUCCCUUAAUGUCUGAGGCAUUUUAAUUUGCAGUAAAAUGUUCUGUACUAAUA